AUGCAAACAGUAAAAGCUAAAGAAACCAAACAGUCUCCAACUCUCUAUCCACCUCUGAUCAUGGAAGGUAACAGUAGCAGCUCGGAGGCAACAACGGAGGUAGCCGGAAGGGAAACCUCCGGGACAGCAGCGCCGUGCAGGUGGAAUCCGACGAAAGAACAAAUAAUAAUGCUGGAGAAUUUGUAUAGGCAAGGGGUGAGAACACCAACGGCCGAUCAGAUUCAAGAAAUCACAAGCAGAUUAAGGACAUAUGGACACAUUGAAGGUAAAAAUGUCUUCUAUUGGUUUCAAAAUCACAAGGCAAGGCAAAGGCAGAAGCAAAAACAAGAUCAUCUCUCUUACUUUCAUCAAUACCUUCAUCAUCACCACCACCUGCACCAACCGGCGGCUGUCUUUCCGGUACCCUAUCAUCCCAAUGUUGUAUAUGGGCAAUGCUAUAUCCCACAAAGUGAUCACCUAGGGUUCUAUCCGAAGGUGCUAAUACCAAGUGCCACCACCACCAUUAAGAGAAGGUCAUCUCGGGCUGUCAAACCUAAACUGUCUUCCGGUGCUGGAACCCUUGUCGGAGGUAAUAAUCCGAUCAAACCAAAGAUGGUCAACGACAACAACAUUCAACAAGAAACUUUGGAUCUUUUCCCACUUCAACCUACUGGGAUUUUGCAACACAGGGAAGCACCUACAAGCAAUGUUAAUCAUCAUUCUAUGACUGCUUGUACAUCAAGCUUCUCCGAUCGUACGCAAGACCAACGCUUUUUUGACUUUUUCUCUUGUUAAUGGU